AUGGCUAUGAGUUCCUUUCUGAUCAACUCAAACUAUGUGGACCCCAAGUUCCCUCCGUGCGAGGAGUACUCGCAGGGCGACUACCUGCCCAGCGACCCCUCGCCGGGCUACUACGGCGCCGGCGGCGGCCCGAGGCGGGAGGGCGGCUUCCCGGAGGCGGGCUUCGCGCGGCGCGCGCCGUGCACCGGGCAGCGCUACGCGGCCUGCCGGGCCCCCGGGCCGCCGCCGCCGCCGCCCCCCGGGCUGUCCCCCCGGGCGCCCGCGCCGCCGCCCUCCGGGGCCCUCCUCCCGGAGCCCGGGCCGCGCUGCGAGGCGGCCAGCAGCAGCCCCCCGCCGCCGCCCUGCGCGCAGGACCCCCUGCACCCCAGCCCGUCCCGCUCCGCGUGCACGGAGCCCGUCGUCUACCCCUGGAUGCGCAAAGUCCACGUGAGCACGGUCAACCCCAAUUACGCCGGCGGGGAGCCCAAGCGCUCCCGCACCGCCUACACGCGCCAGCAGGUCCUGGAGCUGGAGAAGGAGUUCCACUACAACCGCUACCUGACGCGGCGCCGGCGCGUGGAGAUCGCCCACGCGCUCUGCCUGUCCGAGCGCCAGAUCAAGAUCUGGUUCCAGAACCGCCGCAUGAAGUGGAAAAAGGACCACAAGCUGCCCAACACCAAGAUCCGCUCGGGGGGCGCGGCGGGCGCGGCGGGAGGGCCCCCGGGCCGGCCGGGCGGAGGGCCCCCCGCGCUCUAG